AUGGUAACAUUAUCGGAAAAAUUUCAUGAACAAUAUAAUCUUAUUCAACAACAAUUUGAUGAAUGGACACCAUUUGAACAAUUUUAUGCAUUGGUUGAAUUAACAAAAAAAAUACAUUUAUCAUAUCGAUAUUUUCUUUCACAAUUAUUAUCUCAAACAAAUAAUCAAUUAGAAAAUAAUGAUAUGUUUCAUCAUACAAUUCAUCAAGCUAAUGCACCAGCGAUAGUUGCUUGUCUUUUAUCGGAUCCAUUGGAUAAAAUUAUUUCAACACUACAACUUUAUUUACCAUUAGUUUCAUUAACAACAACUAAUGACAAAUUACUUGAUUCUUAUCGAGAUGUAUUCAUCUAUUUGGAUUCAAAAUUAACUAAUCCAUUAAAUUUUUUAUAUACAGAACAACAAUUAAUAAAUCUUUCUCAACAAAUGAAAUUUUUUAUUCAAACAAAUCCAUGUUUACAAAAAUUUCUAGUUGAUAUGCCGCAAUUAAAUGUUUUAGCUUGUUCAACGACGACAAAGAUUAAUAAAGAAGGAGGUGAUACGGAUGAGAAUUCAAUAUCACCAUCAUCACCACAACGACAUCAUCAACCUUUACAACGUCAUCCAUGUGUUCGACCCUACCAACAACCACCACAAUCAUCAUCACCACCACUACCACCGCCACCAUCGUUAGUUAAUUUUUCUUCUGAUGGUUCAAAAAAUUCUUUUAUAAGUCAACAAAUAAUACAUAAUGAUGCAAGUGAUAGUGGUGUUGAUUUAUCUGAGCCAGGUUUAACAACAUCUGUACAAAAUCUUUUAUCAUCUCAAAAUUCUCAACAUACAGCUAUUGGUCGAUCGAAUUCAGCUAAUUUAGCAUCGACAAAUGAACAAGAUAAUCAAUCGAAUCAUCAACUUGUUAUUAAAACAUCAUCAUCACCAACACCUGAACAAACAAAUACAAUUCGUUCAUCAUUUACACCUUUGACAGGUGUAUUGAGUGCACCAGCACCAUCAAUUCAUUCAUAUUUUUCAGAUUUUCGUCAUCAAAAUUCUAUUUAUCCACAUCAACAAAUUCGACCAACAUUAACAAUAAGUGAUGAAGAUGAAGAAGAAUAUCAAAUGCAAGAUUUUACAACAGAUCAUACACAAAAUCUACCAAAAUCAAUCGAUAAAUUCUAUUCUGAUAUUAAUUCACAAGAAAAAACUAAUCAUCGUUUACGUCAAUUUUCUUCAUUAUGUCAUCAUAAACCAAAAAAUAAUCUAAAUAAUUCUGGCAAUACCGAUUGUGUAUCACAAUAUUUAGCUAUUGAUGGUCAAACUGGUAGUGUACGUAAUACAUUUAUACAACCAAAUAGUGGCAUGCGUGAUGUACCAAAAUGGUUAAAAAAUCUUCGUUUACAUAAAUAUGCAUUUUUCUUUUCACAAAUGACCUAUGAUCAAAUGAUGAAUUUAAAUAUGGAACAAUUAAAAGAAGGCAGAAUAACUGAUGGUGCAUGUACAAAAAUUUUAUUAAACAUUAAAAAAUUAAAAGAAAGACAAACAACAUUGCAACAAUGUCUUAUGGAUAUUGAUAAUGGACAAAUCGAUAUGAAAAACGUUUUACAGCAAUUAAAUGAAUUAAUGUUAACACCAAUACGUGCUAAACAAGCCGAACAAAAUAAUGAUACUGAUGAAGAUUUACCUAAAUUAAUUAUGCAAGUUCUUGAAAAAGUCUAUCAAGAAUUAACAUCAAAUACAUCUUCGACAACUAUUUUAUCGGAUAUGUGUAAUAAUUUAGUUGGCCUAUUUGAUCGUUGUUAUAAACAUGAAGCUUUUUCAGCUAAUCAACGUCAUACAUUAUUACAUUGGCGUGGACCAUUAUGUAAUAAAUUACAAACAUCGGGUAAAGUUGAAUUUAAAUCUAUGCAAUCAUCAUCAUCAUCAUUAAAUCGUCGAACACAACUUAAACCACAAACAAGUAUGGGAAGUAUGAAUUCAACACAAAUAACUAAACCAGCUAUACGUAAUAUAAAAAGUAAUGUUUCAUAUUAUUCAAAUUAUCAAUCGCCUUCAAUACCAUUAUCACGACAACAUAAUUCAGAAUUAUUAACACAAAAUGGAAAUAAUAAUUUUUCAACAGAUUCAAAUUUAAUUCGUCGUCCAGUUAAAUCACCCACACUUAUUUUUACAAAAAAUAGUGAUUCAAAAGAUGAUGAAAUACCAGGUCCAAAUCAUUUAUCAAUUGUCACAAGUCAUUCAUUACAAGAACAAUCAUCAUAUCAUCAAAGCCAACCAUUUGUAACGGAACGUUCGGGUAAUGGAAGUGGAAAUCUUCGACCAUCAUUUAGUUAUUUAAUGUCACCAUCACAACGUAAUAAUGGAACUUAUUUAGCAGCAAAUCAACAUCAAUUAUUAACACGGAAAACAAGUAUUGAUCCAUAUGGUGAAACAAAUUCGGAAGAUAAAUCAAAAUUAUGUAAAACAUAUAGUGAUCCAAAUCGAAUUCGUUUUUAUAAUCCAAAUCAACAAACAUCGAAUCAUUUACAAAUAUCAUCACAACAAACAAAUUAUCGUUUAACAUCAACACCCUAUUCACAACGACAAUAUUUAUCACGAUCACAACCAUCAUCCACAAAUUCUAAUCAUUUAUAUGAUACUGAUCUAAUUCCUGAAUCUCCCAUUCAAAAAUCUUUUUCAGCGAAAGAAACAUCGAAUUUUUUUGGAAAUGAUGAUAAUAAUAAUAAUACUCAUGAUGUUGAACUUGCUUUUAAUCAACAACAGAAUAGUACAGAAUUUGAAACAUUAUGUCGUCAAAUAACUGAAAGUGCCAUAAGUGAUGAUGGUAAAAAUUUUUAUUAA